GUCAACCCCAUUUAUUACAAAGGUGAAAGAAUACCAACAAAAACUGUCAGUAUAUCUCUCGGGUAAUCAUAUGAGAUCCAUUACAUUGCACUGUCUACGUGAUGGAUUAACUUUCGGACAAAGUUAAUUAAAGAAAAGGGAAAAAGAAGAGGUGUGUGUUUUUAGUAUUUAAAAUUUUUUAAAUGGUGUUUCUUUUAUAGUGAUGGAUGAAAAAAAUUCAGUUUUGGGAAAUCCGGGUAAAUUAAAUUAAAUCUUUUUUUUUCUUUCGCACUGUACCAAAACCUAGACAGCAGCUAUUUCAUCAACCAGACGUCAGUAAAGAGGUUUGUUUGUUUACAAUUUGGUAUAGUUGACGAGUUGAAUCAUAUCCAAUUGAAUCAUCAUCAUCAAUGUCGUUGUUUGGUCAGAACUUGAGAUCAACGUCUGCUGCACCAGCAUUUGGUGGUGUGGGAUCAAGCAAUUUGAAUCCAGCUCAAAGCAGUAAUCCAUUACAAUUUGGCAGCACCACCACCACAAACACAAACACUGCCAAUAAUAUAAAUACAGUACCAUCAACCACCACCACCACUACAUUGCCGUCUUCUAUAAAUACAUCUAAUUCAUCUAAGUUAUUAAAGGAUUUACUUGAAUCAGCUCACAACUUACCUAAACCAGGCAACAAUAACCUUGGAUCAAUCCAUUUAACUCUUAAAGAAUUACAACGAAAAUCAAAUCAAUUAAGAAAACAAGAAGAUAAAAAAGAUGCAAACUUUACUAAAGCUCAUUAUUUAUUAGCUUCAAGUGGUAUCAGUGCCGAAGAGAUUGAAAAUGAAUUGAAUUCAUUCAAUUUGAUUGCUCCUGCUCCUGCUAUUUCUCAACCAUCAGAUCCAGAAACUUCAUUGAAAUAUUCUCUUGAUUCAUCCAGUACUAAUAUUGAAAGUUAUUUGAAUUCAAAAAAGGAAGAAAAUAUCUUGAAUAAUAUUGAACAAUCAUUAGCUCUUGCUUCCAAAGAUUUUGAUAAUUUUAUAAGUUCAAAAAUUUCAAUCGAUUGGAAAAUUAGACGUGAUGAAUUAAGAAAAUCAAUUGGUUUAAAAAAAUCAACUGAUAAUUCAUCUCAAGCCAUUAAGAAUUCAAUGACUUGGAAUAAAUCAAUCGCUGGAACUUAUAAUAUCUUAACUCCCUUAAAAUCUUCUAAUGGUAAUACAAGACAAUUCACUAGAGAAAAAUUUGAAAAUCAUGCUAGAGUUAUUUAUCAAUUAAAUGAAGCAAGAUUAUCAAGUAAGAAUUAUCCAUUAUGUUUAAACUUGGGAGAAUUAAAUAAAUUACAAAAUGAUUUGAAAUCAAAACAAAUCUCUGAAAUUUGGAAGAUUUUAAUCGAAUUAACUAAUGAAAAAUUUUCUAAAACAAAUCAAGAAUAUUCAUUCCAUAAUAUUCCUUCAUCUUCCAUUAUUGAAAGUAGUAGAUCAUAUUUGGAAUCUGAAUUCUUUAAUUAUAUUGAAGAACUUUAUAUGAAAGAUAGUAAGAAAUCUCCUGAAUUUUUACCAGCUACAAAUUUAAAUAAAGUAUCAUAUUUCAUUAAUAAAGUGAUUAAUAAAGAAGAAUUAUCUAAAACUUUAAAUGUUAAUGGAACUCCUAUAUGGGCAUUGAUCUUUUAUUUGUUAAGAAGUGGAUCAUAUGAUGAAGUAUUGGAUUUAACCAUCAAAAAUAGAGAUAUAUUUAAUAAAUUUGAUCUGAAUUUCCCCGUAUAUUUAAAGAAAUACGUUGAAAGUGAAAAUCAUAUAUUACCAAGUGAUUUAAGUGCAAGAUUACAUUCUGAAUUCAAUCAACAAUUCCAAUUUGCCAUUGAUGAUAUCGAUGUCGAUCCAUUUAAAUACUCGGUGUUUAAAAUUAUUGGAAGAUGUGAUUUAAGUAAAAAGACUUUACCUUCAUCCCUUAAUUUAAGUAUUGAAGAUUGGCUUUGGUUCCAUUUAUCCCUUAUUAAUGAACAUAAUGAAUCUGAUUUAAUCUUUGAUAAUUAUAGUUUGGUCAAUUUACAACAUAAAAUCAUCUCAUUAGGUCCAAAGAAUUUUAAUUCUUCAUCAAAUAAUCCAUUAUAUCUUAAAUCAUUAAUAUUGGUGGGAUUAUAUGAAUUAGCAGUUCAAUACACUUAUGAUAAUAUUAAUGAAUGUGAUGCCGUUCAUAUCGCUAUAGCAUUGAAUUAUUAUGGAUUAUUGAAAGUAUCCAGUUUUAAUAAUAAGGAUGAUUUAUUAAUUGUCCAUAAUAAUGAAAUCGAAAUCAAUUUCAGUAGAUUAUUAGGAUCUUAUACUAGAAGUUUUAAGAUCAGUGAUCCAAAAGUUGCUUGUCAAUAUUUGAUUUUGAUUGCGAUGUCCAAGGAUGAAGUUCCAAAAUGUCAUGAAGCCUUAAGAGAAUUAAUUUUAAUAUCUCGUGAAUUUUCAAUGUUAUUAGGAGAAAUUAAUCAAGUUAAUGGUUCUAAAAUUCCGGGUAUUUUAGAAAGACAAAGAAGUUUAAUUAAAUUAGAUGAUCUUUCUGAAUUCUAUCAUCAAAUUAUUGAAGUCAGUGCUAAUAAAUGUGAAGAAGAAGGUAGAAUCUUUGAUGCUAUUUUAUUAUAUCAAUUAUGUCAAGAAUAUGAUACUGUUAUAACUUCAAUUAAUAAACUUCUUUCUGAAAUUCUUUCAUCUACUGAAUUAGAUAAACCAAUCAUCCAAGGAGGAAAUUAUGAAGUAUUAUCAGGGAAUCAAGAAGGUUCGAAAGAAUUUGUUGAUACCAUUGAUAAUAAUGUUAUAUUAUUCUCACGUCAUAUUGUUAGCAUAUUUAACAAGAAUAGUUCGAUUCUAAGCAAAAUCAAUCCUCAUAAAAAGGCCACUACUGAUACUUUAUUACCUAUUAUUGAUAUCAGAGAUUUAUUCUUAAAGAAGGAUUUUGCUCAAGUUUUACAACAAAUUAAUAGAUUGGACUUAUUACCAGUUGAUCCUAAAGAUGAUUUAAUCAAGAUCAGAGGAUUAAGUGAGUUGAUCCAUAGUAAUAAUAUGGAUGAUAAUUUGAUCAAGGUGAUUCCUUCAUUAUUGAUCAUGACUAUGACUUCUAUUUCUCAAUUGAAUUAUUCUUUAUUGACAAAGAGAUAUCAAUCAUUAGGUAAUGAAAAGGAAGAACUCGAUAAAUUGAAAAAGAUUGCUAAAAAUUGUAUGAUUUAUGCGGGUAUGGUACAAUAUAAAAUGCCAAGAGAGACUUAUAGUUUAUUAAUUCAUUUAGAAUCUCUGUUGUAAUAUAGAUUAGAAUAAAAAGU